UUGCGUAUCUUUGAGAUCCUUAUUGUGGGUGUUCAGCGGUGUAGUGGGUAGAGUUAUGGACAACCACUUAUGUGGUCCUGUGUUCGAGGCUCUAAAUAGCCCAAGUGAAUAAAAUAUAUUAUGUGAGAGAGAAAGUCCCCUCCCCCCCCCCAAAAAAAAAAUGAAAAUUUUGAGGCAAAUGGGUGACUUGAACCAGUGAUCUGGUGAUCGCUAGACUAUAAGAAUCCGAGUGGACUCCAGUUCAUGGCCUCUACAACCUCUAAGUAGGUAGUAGACAAUCGACUUGGGAAUAGUCCAGGACGGACCGAAACGUCGUCGUCGCUUCACUUUCUAGUGUGUGGUCUGGUCAACAUACUUCAGCCACGUUAUUGUGACUCAUCGCCUGCAUAUGAAUCUCUAAGAGCGAGGAUGCCGUCCAUUGGCGCGAGUGUGGAUAUUCGCUCCAUCCUGGGGAGCAUUUUUAACCUUUUCAAGACCAGAGCCAACCAGAUAUGUGCUGCCACCUGCGACGGUCUGGUGCUGAGGAUGCACUACCGAUGGACCUUCUGUCUCCUGCUGGGGGGCUUCCUCACCGUCUGGUACUCCUGGUAUCACCGCGACGUCAUCACCUGCGUGUCGCACUUCAACGCUGAGACACAAGUCCGUCUCGACUACAUCAAUAUCUGCCUCUCUUACCCUUAUGUAGAAGAGAAUGGCUCCAGGAGGUAUAUACUCUUCUACCGCUGGAUAUCUUGGUCGCUCCUCGUCUUAGCUGGAGUAUAUUACAUCCCACGAAAGGUAUCCAAGAACUUCGACAACGCGAGGUGUAAGAAACUGCUGGAAGACCUUGCUGCCAACGCUCACAGAUAUGACCAAGCAGAGAGAGAGUUGGUGGAGAGAGCAGCAAGAUAUAUCAUCUUUAACCUCAAGACUCACGACGGCCUCUACUGGAAAUAUCUCGGAGUCAAUGUCCUGGCGUUGGCUGUUGACCUUUUUGCUAUGCAGUACAUGGACUUCAUUCUUCAGGGACGGUUUAUUCAGUACGGUUUCAAGGCCUACCCAUUCGACAGAGAUCCACAGACAUUCACUGAUUACAUGUCUCAAACAUUCCCUCCAUUUGCCUCUUGUGAACUUACUAGCAAAAACCAGUUGGUAAACAAACGUUCUGAGACGUUUGGUUGUCACCUCACCAUCAUGGAGCUGUACGAGAAGGUGUUCUUGUUACUGUGGGUGUGGUUGAUCAUCCUGACCUUCAUCACCUGCUGCUACAUCAUCUUCCUCCUCUUCAUGUGGCUUCCAUGCCUGCGAAUUUACCUUCUACGCACUGCCAAGCCUGCCCAUGCCAACGAGAACGUUCGAAAGCUUUUGCAUAAUGUUUCGCAGAACUGCAAGAUUGGCGACAUUUAUCUUCUGUAUCGUGUGAAGGGCCACCUUAGUCAUGCCAGGUUCUACGAGCUGAUGACAAGACUGGCAGAUCCUUCUUUGUAUAAAAAGCAGAUUCAGCAGGGCCCACCUGGAGCACUUCCAGAUGGCAAGGAAAAGAUGCCACCAAACACGCAGGCCGAUACCCUGAGGAAUCGUCGUCCAAACAUGCCCCAAAACCCACCAGUGAACCCUGAGUACCUGCAUCAGCUCCUGGCUGGCAACCCGGAGAUGAUGGGCAAACACCCACAGCAUCCUACCCAGCAUAACCCAUCGUUAAAGACGAACACCAGCAUUCUCAUCGACUAGACAUAUAAUCCACAAGUCACUAAUGUGCUAAAGUUGUCACGGGUUAAUUAAAUGUCAGAUGACAGGCAGUGUCAGGGUUGGUGUUGUCCCCACACAAUACUCCUGAACCGUGAGGUGUUAUGACAUACCCUCCAGGGGAACUUUGAGGUGUUAUGACAUGCUCUCCAGGGGGAACUUUGAGGUGUUAUGACAUGCUCUCCAGGGGGAACUUUGAGGUGUUUUGACAUGCCCUCCAGGGGAACUUUGAGGUGUUAUGACAUGCUCUCCAGGGGAACUUUGAGGUGUUAUGACAUGCUCUCCAGGGGAACUUUGAGGUGUUAUGACAUGCUCUCCAGGGGAACUUUGAGGUGUUUUGACAUGCCCUCCAGGGAGAACUUUGAGGUGUUAUGACAUGGCCACCCUGGGAAUCUUGAGAUGUUAUGACGUGCCCACCCGGGGAACUUGAAACUUGUGAUCCGGUUGAUUACCUCUGGUGUUUCAGAGUCUAACGUUCUGAUAUCACUGUUGUGUCAAUGGGAGAAUGAUGUUCAGCUUUAUUGCUCACUAUUUUAAUAAAAUAGGCAAUAACACUUUUGGAAAAUAAUUCACAAAAUCAGAGUAAAUGGGACCCAAGUGCCGCACAACUGUUGCUAGUUAUCUCUUUGUAUUAUAUAUAUUUGAACAUUAGGAUAUCACCAGCACAUACAACCUUUUAGUUGGUGACGUGGGCGAUCGUUUCCCGCUCAGCAACAGAAACAAGAGCAAUUGUUUCGAGCAAUAAACAUAAGUAUAUUCCCGUUUCAAUUUUUUGUGUGUAUCUGUACACAAGAUGAAACAAAAAUCGGUUUCCAUUACAGUAAUUAAUGUGUUUGUAAGACAUUUUAUAACGACGCAACUCAACUUUAUAUUUACAAACAAAAUCACUUGAAUGUAAAACCUAUUUUUUGAGAGGUAAAGCAUAAAAAAAACAGAAUCUCUGACCAUUUACAGCGAACUUGAUAUUCUCUGUUUAACAUUUUUACAUAUUAUAUAUAUAUAUAUAUAUA